UUUUUGAUGUGCAAUCAAUUUAAAAUAUCAUUCACCAGAUCAUAGCAUAUACAGGGCUUUCUAAUCGAUGGCCAAUCAAACCAUAUUUCGUACGGACAGUCAGGUAUCUCAGGACAGUACGGUCAGUGCCGGUCCAUCGUCGGGUGUUUUUCCUAAAGCCGUCACCGAUUUGGGCUUUAUAUUGGGCGAAAAAGUAGGAGAGGGCGCAUACGCUACUGUUUUUAAGGUAACGUCGUCCAAAAUACCGGACAAACUGUUUGCCUGCAAGUGGUUCGACCUGACAAACCCUGAUCAGGCCAUCUGGCGGGACAAGUGUCUGAAAAAUGAGAUGAAAAUCAUGAGAAAAUUGAAACACAAGAACGUAAUGCACGCGCACGACGUGGUAAAGACCAGACGUCAAGCGUUUAUAUUUAUGAACUUUGCGACCAACGGAUCCAUUGGUGACUAUUUAGAGAAAACCAAGAAACCUAUUGAAGAGAAAAAAUCAAAAAAAUGGUUUCGAGAUAUUAUGGAAGGGUUGGCCUAUUUGCACGUCAAAGGUGUGGCCCAUCGUGACCUCAAACCCGAUAACUUUUUGUUGGACAACAACUUUACCGAUGCAUUGCUAACCGAUUUUGGGUUUGCCGUUGUGUCGCUCGAGACACCCACCGAAAAGCUGAUGCGGGGAACCACUUGUGGCACCCAAUUGUAUAGCGCACCCGAAGUUCUAGCACUGGAAGACGGAAAGGUAUACGACGCCAAACGGGCCGACCUGUACUCUAUGGGUGUCUCAAUGUUUGAAAUGCUGUGCUUUAACCGACCGUUUGGCUCAGAGGUCGGCCGUAAAGACACUUAUGUAGCGAAACAAAAGGCCAAAAAGUAUUUGUACCGCAAAGGUGUGAAUCUUGAGGCACAGAAACUCUGCAAUUUACUACUGGAGCCCAAACCUGAAAAACGAUUGACAGCCAGUGAUGCACUCACAUACAACUGGUUCAAGUGAUGGUUAGGUUUAGUUGGCUUAGAGAUACCGUAGUAUACAAUCAAUGACAACAACAACAACAUAACA